AUGCCUUCCCGACACGCAUCUCACUCUGGGUCAUGGUAUACAGACAAUGGCCGUGCCCUGGCCCGGCAGCUGGACGGCUGGCUGGGACUGGUGCCGGAUACGAUGGAUGUCGGUUCGCUGCCAACCGCGGGGGCUAGAGUGAUCAUCGCACCGCAUGCCGGUUAUUCAUACUCUGGGCCCUGUGCUGCCUACGCAUACAAGGCCCUGGAUCUCUCGAAGGCGAAGCGGAUCUUUAUCCUGGGACCAUCGCACCAUGUUGCACUCUCAACGCUGGCUCUUCCAACCUUGACUUCCUACCGUACCCCUCUAUCCGAUGAACCCCUCCCACUAGAUACCGAGCUGAUCACACAGCUGUUCGCAACACAGGCAACCAGACCCAACGGGUCCAAGGUUAGCUUCACAACCAUGACAAAGUCCGUCGACGAGGCCGAGCACAGUAUUGAGAUGCAUCUACCAUACAUCCACCGCUUGCUCCAGCUUCAAUACCCAGAUGCCUCGACCUCAGAAUACCCCCCUCUGGUCCCAAUCAUGGUGGGCAAUACCUCAGCUGCAACAGAACAAGCAUUUGGUAAACUCCUCGCUCCCUACCUGGCCGACCCAUCCAAUGCGUUUGUCAUAAGCUCGGAUUUCUGCCACUGGGGUCAUCGAUUCCGCUACACAUACUACGUCCCACAGGCUCCCAAGCCUGGGCCGUCACUCCCUUUGUCUAGUGACCAGCUUCCGCAGCCAGGAGCGGAUGCCAACAGCGUCAGCGAUAGCAUCGAGAUGGUUUCGGCUGGGCACUCUUUGCGCCACCGAGAUCGUAUCUCGAGUCGUGAGCCUGCCAUUCAUGAGAGUAUCUCAGCGUUUGAUAUGGCGACUAUGGCUGCUAUCACCACCGGGUCUGCAAAGAAUUUCCUGGACGUCAUUGAUCGCACGGGUAAUACAGUAUGUGGGCGUCAUCCGAUUGGGGUGAUCAUGGCAGCUCUGGAAAAUGUGACAGUCAAUCAACCAGCGGACAAGCAAGGGCGUUUCUACUUCUUGCGUUAUGAGCGAAGCUCCGAUGUUAAAGAUGUGGACGAUAGCUCGGUCAGCUACGUUUCUGCCUUUGCGGUGCUUUAG